ACCGCGCUGACGUCACAGCAGUCUGGAGCAUCAAGGCCACUUCCACGCCGCUAUUGGUCUGAAAAUCACAUGACCACGUCUCCCAGCAUCCAUAAUUAUGUUCCGGAUAUAUAUUUUUUUUUACACCCCCCCCUCCUCCUCCUCCCCAAAAGAUGUCAGCAUCAUACUGUCCUGAUUCUUUAGGUGGGAUCCAGCAGACGGAAAGAUGUCAUGUCCUAAUAACGUAGCAACGGGCAACUUCCUGAUGGAUUCCUUAAUGGGAGGAUCAUCAUCCUACCGGGGUGACGGAUACUCCUCCAGCGUGCCCGGGAUGUACAUCCACGCCGCCCCUGACUACGGUUACUCCGCGGGGAGAAACGUCUUGAAGGUGACCGCGUCCUCCGGGCAUCCGCUCGGCAGCUUCCAGCACGACGGGCCCUACCUGCCCGCGCAGCUGCCCGCAUGGUGCUCCAAGUCCGCAGGGGACUCCCAACCUGUUGCCCCGUGUUUACAACCGUGCGACGUCAAAGAGGAGGCGUUUUGUGGCCGCUAUCCGGAUGACAGCAAUAAGAGCAAGGACACAACAGAGCCCGCCGUCUACAUCCGGCUGGGGGACAAUAGCUGCGGGCCCCACGCACCCAGCAGCUCCUUCCAGGUGUACGACGGAGCAAGGACGCCGGACGACCCGCAGCACCGGGUCUCUCUCGCCCACUUGGCCGCGGCGGAACCGGGCUCGGUGCGGCAGACCGAGGGGGAAGUUAGCCAGGCGGAUGAUAGUCAGGACAGGAAGCAGAAGGCCAAGAGUGACAGCUCCUCGGAUGACUCGGAUGCCGAAUUAAAAGAUCCUUCCGCGGAGAAGACCACCGGAAACUGGUUGAAGGCCAAAAGUGGCAGGAAGAAGCGGUGUCCUUACACCAAGUACCAGACUCUGGAGCUGGAGAAGGAGUUCUUGUUCAACAUGUAUUUGUCCCGCGAGCGCCGCCUGGAGAUCAGCAGGAGUAUCAACCUGACCGACAGGCAGGUCAAAAUCUGGUUCCAGAACAGACGCAUGAAGCUGAAGAAGCUCAGCAGGGAGAGUCGCCACAGAGAACAUGGCGCUGUCUAUCAUUACAUCUAA